UACAAGACAUCCCUUUGUGACACCUACAUGGCCAAUGGCCAUUGUGGCCGCGGAGAGAAUUGUAAUUUUGCACACGGAAAAAACGAUAUUCGCACAAGGUUUCGCCCUCCGAACUACAAGACAAAAUUAUGCAAAAACAUGUACAAGUUUGGGGCCUGCCCGUAUGAGGAGAAGUGCGACUUUAUUCACAAUUCCAGCGAG